GUGUUUGUGCCACUCAUGAUUACAGGCUCUGUCAUACUCCUUCUCAGAAAAAUGGAUGAUGAUGACGAUGACAUUCCCCAGCUUUCAUCCCAUACGUUGGCUGCCCUCCAGGAGUUCUAUUUGGAACAGCAGCAGAGAGAGGGCAUGAAGACCACCCAAGGGUUUAAUCAAUAUUCCAUUGGCUCAAUAGAAGAAGAUUGGCAACUGAGCCAGUUUUGGUACAGCGAUGACACUGCGUCGUGCCUGGCCAAGGAAGUGGUUGCGGCAGCUGGAGAAGGUGGCAGGAUAGCAUGUGUUAGUGCACCGAGUGUGUACCAGAAACUGAAAGAACUGGAUGGUAAAGAUUUUUCAGUGUGUAUACUUGAGUACGACAGAAGGUUUUCUGUAUAUGGAGAAGAAUUUAUCUUCUAUGAUUACAACCAACCUUUGAACUUACCUGAAAAUCUCCUGCCACACAGUUUUGACAUUGUAAUAGCAGAUCCACCCUAUCUGUCUGAGGAAUGUCUUCAGAAAACUGCAGAGACGAUCAAAUACUUGACAAAAGGAAAGAUACUGCUUUGCACAGGUGCCGUCAUGGAGAAACAGGCAGCAAAGCAUCUUGGUGUGAAGAUGUGCAAGUUUAUUCCAAAACACUCGAGAAAUUUAGCCAAUGAAUUUCGAUGUUAUGUGAACUAUGUUUCUGGACUGGACUGAUUCUCAUAAGAAGAUCUGCAACUUUGUCAGUCAAGCUGCUUUCUGUUUUUUAUCAGUGACUCCACAAUUCUCAGUGCUGAAAAUAUUCAGCUCUGAGUGCUAUUUCCUGGGCUAGCUUUAAUGAACAUGUGUCAGCCUCUCUCUUUUAAAUGAGUAAGCAUUUGCAGCUACUGUGUUUUUACCUUACCUAUUAGGUAAAUGUGGACCAGACAGUGCAGGGACUGGAUAACAGGAACUUCUCAGUUUGAGUUUAAUUCUAAUCAGUAACUUUUACAAUUCAGAGACCUGAAUUUUUUGAAGUGAUUUUUAGCUUGUAACAACCUUAUAACAUAGGUGCUUGCUUGGCAGACAUCAGAAUUGUCAUUGCAAAAGAACUUGAUACUUCUGUAGUAAUGUUAGUCCAUUAAAUCUUGAAUCAUAAUGGCUCUGAUUAAAUACAAUGCCUGCUUUUUAACAGAUUUCAGUAUGAAAUUAAAGAUGAUUUACAGGUAUGUCAAGUUUAUGGUUACAAAAACAGUUUGGUUUUUUCCGUUGCCCAGUUUUCUUUCUCUCCUGUUCCACAGACAGCAGCAGAGGAGUAGAACAGAAGCCUCUUAGAAAUUGUUGAAUCUUGCAAGGCCACUGAGGAGUAAUGUAAUGUAUUGAUAAACUCCCACUGUUUCAAAUGUUAGAUUUUAUAUACGAGGUUUGGACUAUAUUUCAAUCAAAGUAGAUGAUACAUUAGAAAAAUUUUGCUUUCAUAUGGUAGACAUUUUUGGUAACUGGGAAUUUUUAAAGUUAGUUUUGACUAACUACACUACUAAUGUAUUUUUGGGUGAAAGUUGGUUCAUAAAUUCCAAGGCACUCCACAGUUUAUAAUCUAUAAAUACACCGUACAAAACAAAAGUAAUUGUCUUUAUAUGCCAUAUUGUGUAAAAGGCUAACAGAAAUGCUGCAUCUACAAAAUAUAUCACCUAAAAUGAAGAAUUGAGAAAUUUAUUUUUCAGUGGGAAUAAACCUAAUUAAGCUUGUGAGACAAGAUCAUUUUAUAAGGUAGAGAUAACACACAAGUUUCUGUGCAUUUUUGCUCUUUGCAUGCAGAUUUUCCCAUCUGGUUGAGUAAACAACUGAGCAGGAAUAAUGUAGAUAGAAUAUAAUUCUCUCUCAGUGCUCAGUGUAUCGUGCUGCCUGACCUGGACACAACAGUGGUUCAUAAAUACCCAUCCAAGCCACUGUAGCUCUCUUCCCCAUUUUCCAAGAAACCUAUUUACUUCCUAAGGGUUUUCCCUCCUCACACUUUACAUCUGCUGUUCCUGAGUUUCAUUUUAACAGUUUAAUUUCUCUUCCAUGGCCUUGGCUUCUGUCGGACAGGUAACAGGUUUGUUAAACGAGGGAAGUGCAGCAGAGGCAGCGCUUGCAGGAGAACAGGCACCAGACUCUUCUUUCUGACAGUCUCUGUGAGCCCAUGGCCAAUACAGUCUUGCCUUUCAAACCAGAAGCUGUCCUUGCUGCUGAGCCAGGAUCCCCUCUGAAAAUGCCUGUCCGCAGGUGACAUACAGCUGGGUUUAGUUGUUUUCCAGGAGGCUUCACCAUCAUUUUUAUGUGGCCAGUUUAAAAAAAAAAAAGCAAACCAGAGUGUUAAUUGCAUGGCUAUUGGCACAAGUCUGUACUUCACAAUUGUAAACCGGUUUGUUACCAAGCAGAUGGAGACGAUGAAGUAACUCAUGAAACUUUGUUUAUAACUAUGUGGAGGUUUCAAGGGGAACGGGUAUUGGGGACAGAUUAGCGGAAGGGAGGAUAUUCUUCCCCUGCCACCCACCUAAAUUAGAAUGGGCUGUUCAAACCAAAGCUUCACCUAUGUUGCUGCUUUGCUAUUAAUUCCUUCAGUUGUUUGCUUUAUUUUGGUAAAUGUGUGUUGCUGGGCUCUCUACAGCAGAAUCAGAGGAUGACUUUGCUAACUUCAUCAGAGACCUUUCUUAAAAAAAUGAAACUGCACCAUUCAGUUAUACCAAGAAAUUAACUUCCAAGAAAAUGACUGCUGCUUCUCAAAUGUAGGUCAGACAGCUUUGAAAAGAGGCACUGUGAAGAUGCACAGUUAUGAAAAUGAGAGUACAUAUAAAUCUGUGCAGAUGCACUCAAACAGAGCAGCCUGUUGUCCACCAGCUUCCCUCUUAAAAGCCUGGUGAGUGCAGGCAGCUACCCAAGCAGAGCUUGACUGGUGGCAUUUACAGACUUCAUCAGUGAUGGGAGGUAAACUUCUUUUUGUCCAAUUGAUUCCAAGGCAAGAGCUAUUUCUAAAAAGGUACAAGUCACAAAAAUUCAUAGUGAAUUUGUGCUUUGUGCCAUCAUGGUAACAUUAAGAAAUGUUAUGUGACAACAGAAUCUGUCUUCUGUAAUAGGAUUAUGAAUAAAAACAUCAGUGUCAAGUAGUGAUUGAUUUUCCUUA